UAAUUUACCUUUUUUUUCAACAAGUGCGUGGUCUUUUAUUUUGACAGUAAGUAUCCGGCUGGCUGUUCUUUGCUCGAGAGCCUCAGAGGCAUGAACCGCAGCAUCUAGCAUCCCGGUGUUCCUGACGGUGUCCCGGGAACAAGACUGAGCUAAGACGUCGGGCCACCUGCUGCGGAGGUCAUCAUGGGGGAACUGUUCAGAAGUGAAGAGAUGACUUUGGCUCAGCUCUUUCUCCAGUCCGAGGCAGCCUAUUGCUGUGUCAGCGAACUGGGGGAACUGGGAAUGGUCCAGUUUAGAGACUUGAAUCCAGAUGUGAACGUAUUUCAGCGGAAGUUUGUGAAUGAAGUGAGGAGGUGUGAGGAGAUGGACAGGAAACUGAGGUUUGUUGAGAAAGAGAUCAAAAAGGCUAACAUCCCGAUGGUGGACACUGGAGAGAAUCCGGAGGUUCCUUUUCCAAGGGACAUGAUCGACCUGGAGGCCACCUUCGAAAAGUUGGAGAAUGAACUAAAGGAAAUCAACACCAACCAAGAGGCUCUGAAGAAGAACUUCCUGGAGCUGACUGAGCUGAAACACAUUCUGCAUCGAACACAGCAGUUCUUUGACGAGAUGGAAGACCCCAACCUGCUGGAGGAGUCCUCCGCUCUGAUGGAGGGAAGUGAGGGAGGUCGUGGGGCGCCACUGAGGCUUGGGUUUGUGGCCGGAGUGAUCAGCAGAGAAAGAAUUCCUACCUUUGAGCGGAUGCUGUGGAGGGUGUGUCGUGGUAAUGUGUUCCUGCGGAAGGCAGAGAUUGAAGACCCUCUGGAGGACCCCACAACGGGGGACCAAGUUCACAAGUCGGUGUUCAUCAUCUUCUUCCAGGGUGACCAACUAAAAAACAGGGUGAAGAAGAUCUGUGAGGGGUUUCGUGCCUCUCUUUAUCCGUGCCCAGAAACCCCACAGGAAAGGAAAGAGAUGCUGGCAGGAGUCAACAGUCGCAUUGAAGACCUCCAAAUGGUUCUGAACCAAACAGAGGACCACCGGCAGCGAGUGCUGCAGGCCGCCUCCAAGACCAUGCGUGUGUGGUUCAUCAAAGUGAGGAAGAUGAAGGCCAUUUACCAUACACUCAAUCUCUGCAACAUUGAUGUGACCCAGAAGUGUCUGAUUGCUGAGGUGUGGUGUCCUGUUUCAGACCUCGACUCCAUCCAGUUUGCAUUGCGCAGAGGAACGGAGAGAAGUGGCUCAACGGUGCCAUCCAUACUGAACAGAAUGCAAACCAAGCAGACACCACCUACCUUCAACAAGACCAACAAGUUCACAUCAGGCUUCCAGAACAUCGUUGAUGCCUAUGGGAUAGGCAACUAUCGGGAAAUAAAUCCAGCUCCCUAUACCAUUAUAACCUUCCCCUUCCUGUUUGCUGUCAUGUUUGGGGACAUGGGCCACGGUCUUCUGAUGACUUGUGUUGCCCUGUACUUGGUCAUCAGAGAAAGUCGCAUCCUUGCUCAGAAGAGUGACAAUGAGAUGUUCAACAUGGUGUUUGCUGGUCGCUACAUAAUCCUUCUGAUGGGCAUCUUCUCCAUCUACACUGGCCUCAUUUACAAUGACUGCUUCUCAAAGUCCCUGAACAUGUUUGGUUCUGGCUGGAGUGUCAGACCCAUGUUUAGCACCAAAGGAGCUAACUGGUCGUUUGAGACUCUUGAUAGAAAUGCAGUUCUGCAGUUAGAUCCUGCUGUUCCUGGUGUGUUCGGUGGGCCUUAUCCUCUUGGAAUUGACCCAAUCUGGAAUGUUGCCACCAACAAGCUAACGUUCCUGAACUCGUUCAAGAUGAAGAUGUCGGUGAUCCUUGGCGUUACCCACAUGCUGUUUGGAGUGUCCCUCAGCCUCUUCAACCACCUGUACUUUAAGAAGCCUUUGAACAUUUUCUUGGGCUUCAUCCCGGAGAUAGUCUUCAUGUCCAGUUUGUUUGGCUACCUGAUCCUGCUGGUCUUCUACAAAUGGACAGCCUAUGAUGCUAACACCUCUAAAGACGCUCCCAGCUUGCUCAUCCACUUCAUCAACAUGUGCUUGUUUAACUACAAUGACCCAACCACCAAGCCCCUCUACAGUGGACAGAUGGGGAUCCAGGUCCUGCUGGUGCUGAUUGCCCUGGCUUGUGUUCCCUGUAUGCUGAUUGUGAAAACCAUGGUGCUUCGACGCCAGCAUCUGUGGAAAACACACAUGUCCCAGAAGAGGGAAGAAGCCCCUGCAGAGAAUCUAGAGCAGUCUUUAGAGCAAACAGGGGUGACCUCAUCAUGCACCGGACUCACCCAACAGGGCACGCAGAAGUUCGGAGGAGUGCGUGUGGGCAACGGACCCACAGAGGAUGAGGCUGGCAUCAUGGACCACGACCAGCUCUCUCAGCACUCUGAUGAGGGAGAUGAGCACUCAGAAGAAGAGCCGUUUAACUUUGGGGAUGUAGCUGUCCACCAGGCCAUCCACACCAUUGAGUACUGCUUGGGCUGCAUAUCCAACACGGCCUCCUACCUGCGCCUCUGGGCCCUCAGCCUUGCCCAUGCACAGCUGUCUGAGGUGUUGUGGUCCAUGGUGAUGCACUUGGGUCUGUCCUCCCGGAGCGGAGGGGGGUUCUUUGGAUUGUCCAUCAUCUUCUCAGCUUUUGCUGCUCUAACUGUGGCAAUCCUGCUCAUCAUGGAGGGGCUCUCGGCGUUCCUGCAUGCCCUGCGUCUGCACUGGGUGGAAUUCCAGAACAAGUUCUACUCGGGCCAGGGAUUCAAGUUUGUCCCGUUUUCCUUUGAGAGCAUCAUGGAGGGCCGGUUUGAUGAAUGACCCCGAGGUCCACAGGGAGCCCGCGGAUUCCUCAGCCGUUCAUUCAUGUGUAUGUGUUGUGUUUACAUGGUCUAGUAACCCCCCGGUGGUACUUAGUGAACUAGUGUGCAUGAGCUCGUUGUAACUCUGUUACUCUGGCCCAGUCUCAACACUCACACCGCGGACGUCGGCUACGUGCACUAGGAGGAAGUGUGCACUGAGACAGGGAGCGCUGCCUCAUCGAUCACAACGCAUGCCGGGCUGCUGGUGGCUUUUUCAGAAACCUUUAUUAACAACUUUUAAACAAACAGCCAAACAGUUCUUUGAAAUAAAUUUGCAUUCAUUGCUGCUUCGUCUGAAACACUCAGAGCAUCAACUAAUCGUCCUGAAAUGAACUAAUUUCAUUAGAAAAUACACGUUUUCACAAAAGGAACUUGAACCUUUUCUCCCGCAGCAGUGAAUUGUGGGUAAUACCCUCGACCGAGGAUCGCAUCGCUUUGGACUUGGGUGAAGCGCAAAUUAAGGGUGCAAUGAGGGCGUGGUCAACUUCUGCACUUGAGAACCGAGACACCCUACGCAGUCGCACCGCUGGCUGGGAACGCACGAAUAAAGGGUGCGAGUGUGAGUGCUGGGACUGGGCCUGCGUCUACCCCCCCCACAGACGCUGCUGCUCUAAAACAGUGUUGUAUAUCGUGUUUACAUGACUUUAUCCGCCACAUACGUCACACUGUUAGUACCCAGUGUAAUUGAUGUACUUACACACACACACACACACACACAAUAAAGACUACGGUCCACAGCAUUCCACACACACGUUAGCCCUGACCUACCUGUAGGUGUUGUUUGUGACGUGAUGACUGCUGUUAUGAACGGUGACUUAUAUCUGGUAAUAAAGAGGAGACCUGCGGACAUA